AUGCCUACAACGUUAUCCAAGACCAAGAAGCAGAUUGCGAAGAAGCGCAACGGUCAGGUCGUGGCCCUGCAUGAGUUCUCCCGAGACUCCAAGCGCCUCCACAAGGCGUCGGUGAGGGACGAGAAACUCGAGAAACUCGCCGCUGCCAGAGGCAAGAAGGAGGCACCUAUGCUUGACCGCGCCGCUUACUUCCAACUGGCUAUUAAGGAGAAAGGAACAGUCCCACUCGAAAUGGCCACCAUCCAAGACCUCAUUCACAAAUUUGUGCACCAGCAUGAUGAGGAGUACGCCGAGGUCAAGAAGACCCGCCGCCCUGGCCGUCCCGCGAGCGCCAGGGAGGACCUCCUCAAGCUGAAGAUUUCGACUCUCGAGGAAGAAUACAAGACCAACGGUUUCUUCCUGCCCGACCUGACCGAUGCGUCCAACGUCAACCUGCUUGACCGCUGGGAAGGCUCUUGGUCAUUCCUCACCUCUGUCGCCUGGGUGAGGAUAACUAGCGACGGCAACGUCAGGAAAUCCAGCUUCCCGCCCAAGGGCAGCUCCUAA